CUUUCCUAUCUCUCAACGCAAGCUGAUCACAGCUAAUUUAUCUGUGAAUUGAAUAUUGAAUAUUGAAGUCUGGUCUUUCGGUCGCGCUAUUCUCGUUUUCAAUCGACCUAUCUCUUAGGUGCAGUCGUUUCCUAAGUAAUCGUUCGUGUUCACACUUUGUACUUAUCAACAACACGAUCCUCAUCGAGCUUCAGAAGAUUAGUCUCGUGGAUGUGGACCGCAAUCACGAUAUCUUUCAAAUGCCGUUCCGAAGGGCAGAAUGAAGGAAGCCGGUGUACAACACUGUACAGCAAACCUUUGUUCCUAGGGUGCCGUUGGAUGCUUUUAUGCUUAGGUUGAAUGGCUUAACUCUGUUUUGCUCACGAAAUCCCGGCUAUUGUGACUGAUGGAAUGGGCAUAUAGAACCCGUGCAUGUGCAUGGAUGCGGUCCAAUCUGAAAGCAGCAGCAACAGUUGAGAAGUGGAAUUGUUUGAAAUUACAGGCGUCCAUGACACCCUUAGCACAAGGCUAUAUUAGGAGGAUCCAAUAUCGACUGAAAUCCAGGUCCUGACCAUAACCCAUCAUGGCCCUCAAUUCUUCUGCUGUUCGUGGAGAAGAUUACAUCUGGAUCACCCUGCCGAACCUUCUUGCUUUUGCAUUCAACUGGAGCCUCCUUGGUGCACUGAUGGUUCAACUGUAUACGUACCACAUCUCGUUCCGGGACCGAUUGGGGUUCAAGAUUCUAGUUUAUAGCGUCUUUAUUCUCGAUUUGGCUCAAACCUGCUCAGCUACCUAUGACGCAGCGCAAUGGUUCGGGUAUGGUUGGGGUGACCCAAGUGUUCUAGAGAAAGGAUACACGACAUUUCUCAACGUACCACUCCUCACGAGUAUAAUUGGAGCUGCUGUCCAGACAUUUUUCGGAUGGAGGAUAUGGUCCUUUUCCAAGUCAAACAUUUUGUUCGGCUUUAUUAUCUCGAUGGCUUUGACCCAAUUAGGUGGUUCGAUAGCCACCUCAUACUUCCUCUUCCCACGCGAAAAGGCAAGCCCCGUCUCCAGCAUUCAUCAAUCAGUCGGAGUGCGGCUUGGUACCUCCGCUGCUGUCGACAUCGUGAUUGCGGGUUGUAUGACUUACUAUCUUUUGAAGAGCCGUAACGAAUUUUCCAUGCGUACCAACGCUGUCGUUACAAAGCUUGUACGGCUUACGAUUGAGACUGGAACGAUAACAGCCGCUGCUGCGAUCAUCGAUCUCGUAUUUUUCCUCACCCUUGAGCACAACUCUUUACACCAGUUAUCCGGCGUCAACCUGUCGAAACUCUACACAAACUCGUUACUGAUGUUGUUCAAUAAUCGACUACUAGCUCGACGUGAGGCUCCGUUGGUUGAAACAGGAUCGAGUCCUGCAGAUCGUUCGUGGCAACGGCAGGGAUGGAAUGCUGUUGGUAAUCGACAAUACUCGGACAUUUCUUCCCUUGAAACAUUCCAAGCAGCAUCAGGAAAGAUGUAAGGCGGCUAAUCCCACCGCCGGGCAACUCAUACACAUCCCUGAUUUGUUUGUCUGGUUCCACUCCGGAUUCUGAUUCUCCAUUUUGUCUCCUUUCUUUAUUUAACGGCCUCUGCUACUCCUUACACGGGAGGGACGUCGGUAACUGUUUAUUUAUUUUCGAUAGGGUAAAUUAUAUCAUAUAUGUGGAACAAUUGGCAGGG